AUGUCAGGUUCGAUGUACGAUGAUCAGCUUUAUGCGGCCACACGCCGCCAUUCCCUUGUCACGCCGCCCCCUUCGAUGACUCCUCGGCAUUCUCGAGGACGCAGUCACAGCGUGCGAGUCAGCAAUGGAACCAUCAGCACAAACACGAGCAUCUCCAGUGGCCGCAUGUCCGAGGCCACCAACAUCACACAGCCGCCAGCAUAUUCGAAAAAGUUCGUCGUGGUGGGCGACGGCGGAUGUGGAAAAACGUGUCUGUUGAUCAGCUAUUCCCAAGGAUACUUCCCCGAGAAAUACGUCCCUACUGUCUUUGAAAACUACAUCACACAAACCGUCCACCGAGCCUCGGGGAAAACGGUCGAACUCGCCCUCUGGGAUACUGCUGGUCAGGAAGAAUACGAUCGAUUGCGCCCCCUUUCAUAUCCAGAGACCGAUUUGCUGUUUGUGUGUUUCGCUAUCGAUUGCCCCGCCUCCCUAGAAAAUGUCAUGGACAAGUGGUACCCCGAAGUUUUGCAUUUUUGUCCCACGACCCCCCUCAUUCUGGUCGGAUUGAAGUCGGAUCUGCGCAAUAAGAGAACGUGUAUCGAGCUGCUUAAAACGCAAGGUCUCACGCCGGUUACACCAGAACAAGGGGAGACCGUGGCUCGACGGAUGAAUGCCGCUUAUGUCGAAUGCAGCAGCAAAGAGAUGCGCGGCGUCGAUGAGGUCUUCCAGAUGGCCGUCGAUACCGUCGUCGGAUUUGAAGAACAGACCACCUGGAGCGUCCCGAGUACGAGCGCUAGCGGGAAGCCGACCGGCGGUGGUGGACGCAGUGGUCCGAAGAAGGUGAAGAAGCGUACUUGCAAGAUCCUGUAA